AUGUGGGCGCAGGAAGCGGUGGCCCGCGAUGUGUUCUCGUCUGCGAUCACUUCGGGGGUCGCAUUGUUGCUGCUCCGGUUCUGGGAGGAGCUCGCCAAGCGUGGCGUCUUCGAGCAGGUCAGCCACCAGAUCUGACAAUUUCCAUUCUGAGAAAACGCUUCCAUACGGCAGGACGAGUGCUGGGAUUCUAUGGUGUGAGCUUAGAUCCAGCCAUUUAGACAAAUUCGAGGACGCCUCGUGGAAAGGGUAUUAUCCUGCCGUCAUCCGGUCGGUUAAAUUUUUGAAAGUAAUCGUGUGAAGUCCGGUGAUAAUGGUCGGGAUUCAAGGGGAUGUGAGUUUUCGGUGGCCUCGGCCGCUCCUCUGUCAGAUCUAACCGACGCCGAAGUGCUCAUGUGCUGGGAAAACAGCAUGGAUAUACUGGAUUUGGCAGAUUAAACGAAUGCAGAAUUCCUCGGAAAACAUCAAAGAAUUAGAGGUUUGUUAGACCCUCGUUGCUCAUCGGAUUAUUUGGUGAAUAGACGAGGAUCAAUAGGAUGAUAUUUAAUCACUGAUCAUCUUGUUUUUCUUGAGCUUGCUUCUUAACGCACAGAAAUCUACUAUUGAUCUGUGUGGAAUAUAUUGCUAAAAUAUCGUCGAUAAAGCGUGCGCUGGGUUUGCCUUAUUUUCAGGAAACUGUAGAGCUAAUUUUUGUGGAUCGAAGCACAACUGAUAGACCAGGAAGGGAUCCGCGGGUUGUUUUCUGACGGCUUCAAGGGUGCGAUUCGUUCUGUCCUUGAAACAUAAGACGGGCCCGUUGGAGCUGACCAUCCCCUCUGACUUGUAGGUUGGAAUCCGGGGAAGUAGGGAAAACUAGGGAUUCAGAAAAGACCCCCAGGGCAUGCAUCUCGUCCUCUGUAGAGGACUCUUCCCCCGGUAGGAUUAUGUCUUGGAAGGAGUUCUUCGUAGAUCAAGCCCAGAGGCUGGAAAGAGUCGAAUGCCAUGCAUUUUUUAUUUUUAUUUUUUUUAAUUAUUGGUUGAACUGACAAUCUAAAUUUCCAUCUAGAUGGAUCGAAUUGUUACCCUGAACAGCCCUUUCUUCUAUCGACCUCUGCGACUUAUGUGGGCCUCCGAUUUUAAUGCUUGAUUAAUUGAGUUACGACUUUUUUGAUGUGUCUGACAGAAUACUCCAGCUUGUAGACAUUGAUUCUCAUCCCGACGUCAAUGUAUUGCCUGCAUCUCUCCCUGAGUUACAGAGGUCUGACCAAUUCGGGAGACCUUAGUAGAGAUUACUGCAUCAGAAGACCUUAGUUUGCAUAUUUUCAAUUUUCACCUGGGGGACGACAAGAUGACAAGUUUGACAACUAUGUAAUUCGGGAUAUGCUCAUGUGAGAGUAAGAUUUAAAAGGGUCGUAUUUUGCAGUCUUUUUUUUUCACAUAGUUGACGAGAUUAAUGGUAUCACCAUCUUUUGUUCUUGAACGGCUGACAAAUUGGGAUAAUCGUGUUGUUUUCUUGUAAAUGACCAGAUUUAUUUUUGAGCAAGUUCACAACAUGGAAACGCUCUCUGCUCUCCCUGGUUGAAUCCAUCGUGAGGCCGUCAGUUCCAUCCAACCCCCAAUUUUCUGAAUCCUUCCUCGGGGAACAGUCACCGCCACCUUCUUCCCAUAUCCCCGGGGUGCAAAUAAGGAAGUUGAAGCACUUGUGAGCGAGUUUUUAUGUGGGUCUGUCCUGGAUCUCUGGGGUUCUCCUCAUGCACCUGGUGAAGCCGAAAUUUUAUAUAUAUUUUUCUGGUCCACUGCUUCCGCUGAAUAUUUGGUCUUCUCGCUGAAUAUUUACAACAUUUUUUCCUUCCGCUACCUUCUGAUUUCUUGGAUUCGUUUUCUGUUUCACCUGCCGCCGCCACUAACGCCCCCUUCCUCGUAACCCUCGCAGACUCUGAGCAGGAAGCUGGUUCACAUCAGCGUUGGGUUGACUUUCAUGCUCUUCUGGCCAAUGUUCAGGUAUGGAUCAGUGUUCCCUGACCCUCCUGGCUUGUAUUGACUGGACCCAGAUGGGUUCUUAUGGUUUCCUUCCGCAGCUCCGGAGAGCUGGCCCCAUUUCUGGCAGCCAUUGCUCCUGUCUUCAACAUAAUAAGGAUGAUCUUUCUGGGACUGGGUAUCUGGAGAAACGACGCCAUCGUCAAGUCCAUGAGCAGAUACGGAGACUACAGGUUUCCAAUUAGACAAUGUCGACUCCCUGAUUUCGCUCCUGACACAGCCGACUAAGUGAGAUCAGUCUUGCUUCUGGGUUUCCAGGGAGCUCCUCAAAGGACCUCUGUUCUACGCCUGCACCAUCACCCUAGCAACCACUGUCUUCUGGCGAACCUCCCCUGUCGCCAUAGCUGCCGUCUGCAACUUAUGCGCAGGAGACGGUAUGGCUUUGCCUUUGUUAUGCCACCUCAUGCGAGUAAGAAACAAUCGUCCUUGAAGAUCACCUCUCUCUCUCUCUCUCUCUCUCUCUCUCUCUCUCUCAGGCGUGGCCGAUGUCAUCGGAAGGCGAUUCGGAAGGGUCAAACUCCCCUACAACUCCAGCAAGUCCUACGCCGGCAGUGUGGCCAUGGCGGCAGCGGGAUUCCUCGCAUCCGUCGGGUGAGUACAACUACCGCGGUAUAUCUCUCUCUCCUGGGCUGCUCCUCGCUCUCACGAUUUCAUGGGUUCUUUCAGGUACAUGUACUACUAUUCCCUGUUCGGGUUCGUCGAAGUGAGCUGGGGGAAGACUCUAGGGUUCUUGCUGGUCUCCCUGGCCGCCACUGCGGUCGAGUCUCUCCCCAUAAGCUCCAAGUUUGACGACAACCUCACCGUCCCCUUGACCUCCUUCCUGGUGGGCUCCCUGGUCUUCUGA